GAGUUUAUUGAAUAAAAUUGUAAAAUAUAAAACAUCACACAUAACGUCACCCUCCGGCUAGCUACUACCAAGCAAGCUGCUGCAGCACGGAAUUAAUUAUUAUAUUAUUCUUUUUUUCUUCCAAAAAAAAAAAACAAAAAAAAGCAGCACGAAUCGAAUCGAUCCAAUCACCGGUCCAGGGACCAGAGUCGACUCAAGAGCUCUGGGAUACACAGUAUACUGAGGUCUCAUUUCUCUUUUUCUUUCUCUUUUCAAAGUGCUUUCUUUUUCUCUACGUGGCCUCUGUUUUUUUCUCCCAACGAAGGCCAAGCGCUUCGGAUGAAUAUUUGCCUUCCUAUUUCAAUUCCAACGUUUAACGUAUUUUCAGGAUCCAUCAGAAAGUCAUAUGACUUAUCUUGCGUAGAAGUUUGGGAGUAGCUGGAAAACCAUUUAUCACGUUGGGAUUCGGGAAGGGAGCUUCACCCCUUUCAAAUUAGACACGAUGUGGACAAAUGUUUUCAGAAUUGGAGGCCUUCAUCAAAUAUCAUGGUUCCAGUUUCUCCCUCAUGAAACUGAUUUGAUCUCUCUGCCGGAUAAAAGCAGUGUGAAAGUUGAGCAGAAAGAUGCUGCUACACUGCUGGUGCUUUCAUCACAUCUACAGUUGCAGAAGCAAGGAUUUCUCAGCACAUGGACUAAUUCCUUUGUUGGGCCCUGGGAUCCAUCUCAGGGUUUGCACAAUCCUGAUGAAAAAAUCAAGCUUUGGCUUUUUCUUCCUGGACGUCAUUCAUCUGUUGUCGAGACUGCUCAAGCUGCAGUAUCUAGAUUAAAAGUUGUUGCGUGUGGACUCUGGUUGGCUCCUGGUGACUCAGAAGAGGUUGCUGCUGCCCUUUCUCAGGCGUUAAGGAACUGUAUUGAAAGAGCUCUGUCUGGACUCUCCUACAUGAGAUUUGGUGAUGCAUUUUCAAAGUUCCAUCCAUCUCAAAGUGAAGAGCUUUUCAGGAGAGGGCAGCCAAUAGUUGAGUUCAUCUUUUCUGCAACUGAGGACGGAAUCUUUGUGCAUGCUAUAAUAUCUGCAAAGCAUAUUCGGGCACUUUCAAGCGGUGAUUUAGACAAAGCAUUGCAACAUCUUUCUAGUAACUCCAGUUACAGACUUCCAGUGAUUGUUUCACCUCAUGGAAUGCGUGGCAGGCUUACUGGAUGUUGUUCUAGUGAUGUUGUCAAACAAUUGUAUUUCAGUUCCGGCAAGUCAAGGACUUCAAACGGUUUUAUUGGCUUACCAAAUCAUGUUUCUCAAGCUUCUGGUUGCCAACUGAGGGGGCAAAAUUGCUACGUUGAAGUUACCCUUGGCUGCCCUAGAUCUGGAAGUGAUGGUGUAUGUUCCAACAGGAGUGUACCCAAGCAUCAUGUUACUGAAUCUCCUGCUUUGGGAAGAGCUGAUCAGAGGGGAACUUUUGAUAAUUUUUCAUUGUAUGAAAAGACAUUUAUAUAUCCAGCUGAGGCAGUGCUUGUCCCAGUCUUGCAGACAUCAUUUACCAGAUCUUCUCUGAAAAGAUUUUGGCUGCAGAAUUGGAUAGGACCCUCAUUAUCUGGUUCAUCUUACUUUAUGCACUGUGCUGACAAUAUAGAUUCUAUGGAAGGAUGGACUGAAAUCAAUAAACGCACUCAGCAUGGCUAUAAUAGUAGUAGCAACAGUAAUAGCAGCAGCAUUAGUAGCAUAAGCAGCAGUUCAAGUGAUAGUGAUUACAAGAUGUCCACAGGAGUAAGCGAGCUUGAGGCAGAUGCUGAUUCUUUAAAUUGCAGACAGUCUGGUUUAUCAUCUAAUGAUCAGUUGGAGAAUGAUGUCCCCAAAUUGGGUUCCAAGCGUACCCGGGCAGGGAUGACAGAAUCCUUUGGCCAAUUGGGUGCACCUACCAAUGUUCCUACCCAAGAUUCAUACAAGUCUGAUCUUGGUUCAGUUAACAAUUCAGCCAUUACAGGAAUUGCAAAUGAGUAUAUUGGGUCCUUUUGGGAUUGGGAUGGUGAUGACAGAGACAUGGGCACUGAUAUCCGAGCUCUUCUUCAUGAAUUUGGAGAUUUUGGUGACUUCUUUGAAAAUGAAGUUUUACCUUUUGGGGAGCCCCCAGGAACUGCAGAAUCGCAGGCUCUUAUGUUUUCUGGUCCAGAUUGUGGAGAUAUAGGUAGCAGUCCAGUUGUGAUGGAUGUGCCUGAUCCGUUGCUUUUGCCAGAUGGUUUUGCAUCCUUUGAAAGCUUCAAUCCACCGCCCCCAGUAGCCACAGAGGAAACAAUCAGCAAAAGUCAAGGAGUCACAGAGAACUCAUUGUCAUCGGGUCCAACAAACAACAUUUCAGUAUCUUCUACAUCUGAGUUUGAUCAUAUUUUGAAAGCUGAGGCAAUGAUGACAUUUGCCCCUGAAUUUGGAGCAGUUGAAACAUCUACAAGUGAAUUAUCUUCGUCCAUAUUCAGAAGUCCAUAUUUUCCCAAAUCUAGAAAAGUGGAAAGUUCAAAUUCAAGUCCUAGCAAUUACACAUAUGGUGCAAUGCCUCCUUCCUCUCCUUGUUUUGAUGCAUCAGAUGAGAAACCUGGUAUGCCCAUGAAUUCAAAAAAUAGCAUUCAGAAGCAUGGUUCAAAUGCUAUUCUCCAGUCAAAGAACCAUUACAUUCAUGUGGAGAGUGUAAAAGAACAAAAUGAUAGAAGAUCUUUCACCUCUAACAAUAGUAUCGUCUCAUAUGAUGGUGUGGGAGCAUCUGCAUUCUCUAACCCUAGUUCUGCUAAUGCCAUAAAAUCUUCCGAAAGGAAUAUGUCUGAAGGUACAUUUGAAUCAGAUCGUCCAUUCCUCUCUAUGAAGACAGUUCUUGCUACUGAAAUUGAAUGCAUCAUGUUCCAAGCUACGAUGUGCAGGAUCCGUCAUACCAUAUCAAGUAGCUUCACAUCUACUGGUUUGAAUAGGUUAACCCAGACCACUGUUUUGAAUCAAUUUUCUAGUGACCCAAGUAUUAUGACGGACAACCUAUCUGGCAAGUACGAAGUAAAGAAGAAAGAACCUAUACCAGUUAGAAUAGCUGGGGAUCUUGACGGAGGAAUGCUUGAUGGGCAUCUCAAUGCUCCUGUUGGUGUUUGGCGUACUGUUGGGGUUCCUAGAGUCUCAAAACCCAUAAGUUCACCAAAUAUGGAAGUUAGCUCUUCUUUGCCUCAUAAUCAGUUCAACGAUGAAAGUAUGCUUUCUUAUGGUCAGAGACAACCACUUCAGGAGCUUCUUGAUGGUUUGACAUUGCUUGUGCAACAAGCUACUUCAUUUGUUGAUCUAGCUCUGGAUACAGAUUGUGGUGAUGGACCUUAUGGUUGGCUUGCACUGCAAGAGCAAUGGAGGAAGGGAUUUUCUUGUGGGCCUUCGCUAGUUCAUGCAGGUUGUGGGGGUACUUUGGCUUCUUGUCAUUCCUUGGAUAUUGCUGGUGUGGAGUUAGUUGAUCCCCUUUCUGCUGAGGUUCAUGUAUCAUCUGUGAUUAGUUUGCUGCAGUCUGACAUAAAAACAGCCUUAAAAUCUGCCUUUGAUAUUCUGGAUGGUCCAUUAUCUGUUACUGAAUGGUGCAAAGGUCGCAACCAAUCAGGUGAAGCAGGAAGCACAAGUGAUUUAUUUUCUUCUGAAUCCACAAUAAGUGAAUUCAGGGAUUCAUCAUCUGCGGCAGCGUCUGUAGGGGAACCGAUGAGCCCAUCCCAAUCUUCUGCUGGUGGCUCAUCUUGCCUUAAAGUAGAUGGUGCAAAAAAUGAUGGGAGAUCAAGCCAAGAAAACUCUAGCUCUGAAGCAGAAUGCUCCCGGCUAAGACCAACUCUUUUUGUUAUUCCAUUGCCUGCUAUACUUGUAGGGUAUCAGGAUGAUUGGCUUAAGACAUCAGCAAAUUCUCUGCAACUAUGGGAAAAGGCUCCUCUUGAACCAUAUGCUCUACAAAAGCCUAUUAUUUAUAGUGUCAUAUGUCCAGACAUUGAUCCUCUUACUUCGGCUGCUGCUGAUUUUUUCCAACAACUAGGAACUGUUUAUGAGACAUGCAAACUCGGAACUCAUUCACCACAAAAUUUUGGGAACCAAAUGGAGGUGGACUCUGGGAAGUUGUCAUCUUCUGGGUUCGUUCUCCUUGAUUGCCCUCAAGCGAUGAGGAUAGAAAGCGGCAAUGCAUCUCUUGUCGGAUCAAUAAGUGAUUAUUUUCUCUCUCUUUCCAAUGGUUGGGAUUUGACGAGCUAUCUUAAGUCUCUCUCAAAGGCUUUGAAAGCUUUAAAACUUGGUCCAUGCUUGUCCACGAAUGCAAAAGAAGGAAGCAGUGGUCCAUGCGUGGUGAUUUAUGUGGUGUGUCCCUUCCCUGAGCCAACUGCUGUUUUGCAAACUGUGAUUGAAUCUUCUGUUGCUAUUGGAUCGGUUGUUUUUCAAUCAGACAGAGAGAGGAGAUCUAUAUUGCACAAUCAGGUUGGGAAAGCAUUGAGCUGCUCAGCAGCAGUUGACGAAACUUCAAUAUCCAAUGUUUUAAUACUUUCGGGAUUUAGUGUUCCUAAAUUGGUACUACAGCUUGUUACGGUCGAUGCAAUUUUUAAAGUUACAAGUCCAUCACUCAAUGAGCUUGUAAUUCUUAAGGAGACUGCUUUCACUGUUUAUAACAAGGCUCGUAGAAUACCACGAGGAUCUUCUAAUGAUAUCCAAUCAUCAUCAUUGUCCAAUAGGUCUCAUUUAGUCCUGACACAAAUGUCUUCUCCCACUCCUGGGAUGUGGAAGGACUGCAUUGGUCCUCGAAUUACAGGGCAUUCCAUUCCUAGAGAGGGUGAAAUUGAUUCUAGCUUGAGGCCAGGUACCUGGGAUAAUUCAUGGCAAGCCACAAGAACUGGAGUGCUGAGCUGUGAUCCAAACAGAAUGGGAGAUUAUUUCAUUCAAGAUGAAACUCGCUACAUGUUUGAACCACUUUUUAUCCUUGCAGAACCUGGUUCUCUAGAGCAUGGAUUUACACCUCUGGUAUUUGGUAAUUCAGCAUCAGAAUCUUCAAAGCCAUUGUUGGAUGAUAGUGGUGGGGGUUUUAUGCAGAGUGCAAGUUCAUUGGGAAAUGCAGAUUCUGGAUUAAACUCCCAAGUUGAUGGAUCUGACCCAGAUAAGAAUCCUCCAAGCCUACAUUGUUGCUAUGGAUGGACUGAGGAUUGGCGUUGGCUGGUAUGUAUCUGGACGGAUUCAAGGGGAGAAUUGCUUGAUAGUCAGAUAUUCCCAUUUGGUGGAAUUAGCAGUAGGCAAGACACAAAGGGUCUGGAAUGCCUUUUUGUUCAAGUCCUGCAGCAAGGCUGUCAAAUACUUCAGGCAUGCUCUUCUGAUACUGGUGUUUCCAAGCCCAGAGAUUUUGUAAUAGCACGGAUUGGAACUUUCUAUGAACUUGAAUACCAAGAGUGGCAAAAAGCCAUUACUACUUUAGGGGGUUCUGAGAUGAAAAAAUGGCCUCUGCAAUUACGGCGAUCUGUCUCUGAUGGGAUGCCUCCAAGCAGUAAUGGAACUUCGUUACAGCAGCAGGAAAUGAGUUUGAUGCAAGAGAGAACUUUACCUUCAUCACCUAGCCCUCUGUAUAGUAGCCCUCACUCAAAAAGUUCUGGCUUUAUGAAAGGUGGUUUAGGACAAUCUGCGGCAAGAAAGCAAAUUAUGAGUGGACAUGCAGUGGUUGACAGCUCAAGGGGUCUGCUUCAGUGGGUGCAAAGCAUCACUUUUGUUGGAAUUUCAAUUGAUCAUUCUUUACAUCUAGUUUUUCAGGCAGAUUCACCAUCUCCUGGAGGAAGUCAAGGUAGUGUUUCCGUGGGCAACUCAGGGUAUCUGGAAGGUUUCACCCCUGUAAAAUCCCUUGGUUCUAUGUCUGCUUCCUAUAUUUUAAUCCCAUCACCCAGCAUGCGGUACCUCUCUCCAACACCUCUGCAGCUCCCUACAUGCCUCACUGCUGAGUCCCCUCCACUAGCCCAUCUCCUCCACAGCAAAGGCUAUGCUAUUCCUCUUUCCACUGGUUUUGUGGUAUCAAAAGCUGUACCUUCUAUGAGGAAAGAUUUAAGGAACAAUUUAAAAGAGGAAUGGCCUUCAGCUCUUUCAGUCAGUCUUGUCGAUCAUUAUGGAGGUAAUAACUUUAGCCAAGAAAAAAUCAUCAGGGGUAUUAUGAAACACGGGGGAAGAACCUCAAGUUUGGAAUCAAGAGAAUUUGAAAUAGAGACCCAUUUAAUUCUCGAGUCUGUUGCAGCAGAGCUUCAUGCCCUCUCUUGGAUGACCGUGAGUCCUGCAUACUUGGAACGACGAACGGCAUUGCCUUUUCAUUGUGAUAUGGUUUUGAGACUAAGGAGGCUUCUUUAUUUUGCUGAUAAGGAGCUCUGUAGGCAUCCAGAUAAGUUGCAGACUAUGGGUUAAAAAUCAAGACAGCAACAGCUAAUCGUUUGCCCAUAAAUUGUGGUAUAUAAUUUAAUUAACAACGAAUACACAGCUUCAAGUAGGCUGUCAUAUACCGGUCUGCUUUUGUGCUUCCAUGUACAAUAUCCUGUAGUAUGAAAAUAUGUAUAUGUAAUUAAUUAGCCGCUAAUUUCAGCAAUCCUUUUUGACUGUAGAAGAAGAAAUAGUUAGAUCUAAUUGAUGUAGUCAUGGUUAUAGAUUUUGAAGAUAUUUGUGUAUCUUUUAAGGAGAACUAACAUGGUUAUGAAAUUACUUGGGGAUAUUUUUUCCUCCCAAAGUUGAAAAAAUAUGGUGUUCUUAA